AUGUCGCCCUCGGCAGAGGCGUCCACAUCGACCGCCGCCGCUGCCGCCGCAGCCGCGGACGUCGUCAGCGCCAGCCCCACCGACCAGCCUAAGCACACGACGUUUUCCUCGAUCGGCAUCUCGCCCAUGCUCAUCCGCUCCCUCGCAUCGCUCAGCAUCAAGGUGCCCACGCCGAUCCAGUCCCUCACCCUGCCCUCGAUCCUCGCGGGCCGCGACCUCGUCGGCGGAGCGCAGACCGGCUCCGGAAAGACGCUCUGCUUUGCCCUCCCCAUCCUCAACGCCCUCAUGCGCGACAUGGUCGGCGGGUUCGCCGUCGUCCUCACACCGACCCGCGAGCUGGGCGUGCAGCUGCACGAGCAGUUUGUCGCCGUCGGCGAGGGCGCCAGGAUGGGCCUGCGUUGCGCACUCGUGCUCGGCGGCAUGGACAUGAUGAAGCAGGCCGCCGAGCUGGCGUCGCAGCGCCCGCACGUCAUUGUCGCCACGCCCGGCCGGCUCGUCGACCACCUCCGCAGCGGCGGCGGAUCAGAGUGGGGCCUCAACCGCUGUCGCUUCCUCGUGCUCGACGAGGCGGACCGCCUCCUCACCCAGACCUUCGAACCCGAGAUCUCCUACCUCUACUCGGUGCUGCCGCCCGCCCGCUCGCUGCAGACGCUCCUCUUCACCGCCACCCUGACGCAGGAGGUCGAGGCGUUUGCGCAGCGCAAGCAGCCAGAGGGCAAGCUGCCGCCGAUGGUGUGCAAGAUCGAGAUGGACGCCAGCACGCCCGAGACGCUGACGCAAAAGUACAUCUUUGUGCCGUCGCACGUGCGCGAGCCGUACCUCUACCACCUCCUGCGCAAGCCGCCGGUCAAGCCCAACGCCGAGCGGCUGCGGAAGCACAAGGCAAAGAAGCGCGCCGAGCGCGAGCGCGACGGUGAGCGACGAGGGAGGAUGGGCGGCGGCGGCAGCAGCAGCAGCAGCAAGAAGAAGAAGCCGGACGGCGGCAAGCGGGGCGCCUACCACGACUCGGACCUCGAAGACUCGGGCGACGACUCGGAUCCAGACGCCGAGGGCUACUUCCCGUCGACCAUCAUCUUUGCCGCGCGGUGUCGGACGGCGGCCACGCUGUCCAAGAUGCUGCGCCAGCUCGACGUGCCCAACGUCUCGCUCCACUCGCACCUGGCGCAGAGCGAACGGCUGGACAACCUGCAGGCCUUCCGGGCGCAGCGGGUGCCCAUCCUCAUCGCGACCGACGUGGGCUCGCGCGGUCUCGACAUUCCCGACGUCGAGAUGGUCGUUAACUGGGACCUGCCGCUCGCCUGGCAGGACUACGUCCACCGCGUCGGCCGAACCGCGCGAAACGGCAAGGCGGGCCACGCCGUCAGCUUCAUCACUGAGCGCGACAUUGACGUCAUCCAGGCCAUCGAGGCCAAGAUCAACGUCAAGCUCACCGAGCUCGAAGGUCUCGAUGAGGAGGAGGUGCUGCAGCACCUCAACAAGGUCGCCACGGCCAAGCGCAUCGCCACCAUGUCGCUCCACCACGACAAGUUUGGAGAGAGGCAGGAGCGCAACAAGAAAAAGGCCCAGCUCCAGAUCAAGGCCGAGAAGCGGGAAAAGAGGAAGAGCGGCAAGGGCUCGUCGGCGGCGGCGUCGUGA